AUGCAACAACGCGUGAAGAUUACUAUUGACGACAAUGAUGAUGAUGAUGAUGAUGUUCAACAAGAAGUUACUGAUACUAUUGAAAAAUUUGUUCAAUCUCGUCAUGUACAAACAUUAAAAUAUUUACGCCAUGUUAUUGAUGAAAAUCGUCAUUUAAGAUUACAUAUUGAACAUCUUAAACGACGUCAAAAUGAGCCUGUAAAAUCACCUGCUAAUGUUGAUCCAAUCGAACCCGAAGAAACUUCAAUUACUGAAAUACCAUUAGAAACACCUGAACUUAUAUUCGAUCCUGAACAUAUUGAUGAAGCAACAAAUACUGACGGAAAUGAUUUUGAAACACAAUAUCAUAUAUUAAAUGAUGAAUUAAUUAAUCUUAAAAAACAACAUAAUAUCAAUCGUGAAGAAUAUCAACGUGAACUUGAACGUGUUGAUCGUAAAAAUAUUCAAUUAGAAAAAGAUUUAAAAUCUGUUCAACAACAAUUAAUUAUUGUACAAAAAACUGUUAAUGAUAAACAAAUAGAAAAUCAAAAUCUUACAACAACAGUUUCAGAUCAAAAAAUGUUCAAUGAAGCAUUAAAUAUUCGUGUAAAUAAACUUGAACAAACAAAUAAACUUUUAAUACAAUCAUUAAAUGUAUCAGAAGAAACUCGUAUUGAAUUUGAAAGACAAUUAAAUGAAUUACAAGAAAUAUAUAAUCAAACAGAACAAAAUUUAUCUCAAUUACAAAUUGAAUAUAAAAAUAUUCAAACAUAUAUGCAUAGAUCUGAAGAAGAAAUUCAAUCAUUAAAAGAAAAAUUUAAUUUUCAAUUAAAUAAAUGUCAAGAAUUAAAUAAUAAUAAUGAAGAAUUAAAUGAAACUAUUAAAUAUCUUCAACAACAACUUCAAGAAAAAAUUCAUCAAGAAGAACAAUAUAUUCGUGAAAAACAAUUAAAUAGUAAUUUUAAAGAUUUUGUACAAGCUAAACGUACAUUACAAACAUGUCAACAAGAAAAUGAACAGUUAAAAGUUGAAUUAAAAAAAUUACAGAUAAAAUUUUUAAAUAAAAAUGAAUAA